GGAAGAAAUAGACAAGAUGUGACGAUUCAUGUGUCGAUUUUCAGUGUAAUAAUUCCAAGAAAUCAGAAGAAUCACCGUGAAUAAACAGGAAGAGGUGAUGUUCUGCAGCCCACAGUUUGGUGCAACCCUGGUUAAUUGUGUAUUAUUCAGAUGGCACGGGCCAAACCCGAGGAUGACGAGUACUGGAACAGCUCAAAAUUCAAAGCGUUCACAUUUGAUGAUGAGGACGACGAGUUUUCUAGGCUGAAAGAGUCCAAACAGACCGUCAACAGCAUCCUGGUCGAUGAGGAUGAUGAUGAUGAAGAAGAUAAUGUUGAGAGAGUUAACUGGAGUGGAGAACCUGUGGGAAGCAUCUCUUGGUCAGUCAAAGAGACCGCCUCCAGCAUCCGAUCAGUGAGUGAGCAGAGCUUUCCCAAAAUAGACACCACUCCUUCACUGUCCAAACAGGGAUCUGGAUACUCCCUGAGCUCUCUGUUUAAAGCAAAGAGCAAACCUGUUGGUUUUCAGUCCUUCUCAGAGUCCUUUUGCGACACAUCUGCAAGAACAUAUGCACCAGAGCUACGGAGGCCCAAGUCAGAUGGAAAUGAUUAUGUCAGUGACCUGAGUCCAGAAGAAACUCUGAGGAGAAUGCUGAAAGGACGGGCUUACUCCCUGGGAAAGUUCCGCUCUCUGCAGGACAAACUUCUGCUCCUGGAUGAAGCAGUUGCUGUUUAUGAUGGCAACGUCAUCACUGCAGUUUUGAUAUAUCUCAAAAAAUCAUUAAGUAAAGAAAUCCUCUUUCGAGAGUUAAUGGAAAGAGACGUAGCUUUACGUCAUUACGUUCACUAUUUAAAAGAGAUGGGAGAACAGAAACUUUUGGUGGAAUUACUCAAGGCUCUUGGCAGGACAGAAGAUAUGGCGUUGAUGCAAUACAAGGAACACUUAAAUAUUAAAGAUGAAGGGCGAAGAAGAGAUUUUCUCAAAAACUGCCUCAGCCUUCCUUUCUCUCAAGAUGAUGCUACUCAUGUUCAAGACCACUAUACACUCCUCGAGAGGCAAAUAAUCAUAGAGGCUAGUGACAAGAAGGCACAGGAAGACAUCUUUAAGAAGUUCCCCAGAAAAGCAUCUAUUUUAAAUAUGCCAAUCAUCACCACACUCUACUACUCCUGCUUCUAUCAUUACGGAGAGUCAGAGGGAACUUAUAGCAGCCCUGCGAACAUUAGAAAAACCUUCAGGAUUUCAGAAAAGCAGUACAUUCUAACAGCUCUUGGUGCGAGGGCAAAGUUGAAAUCAUGGUUUGAUGUGGAUAGUCUCUUCAACACCAAGAAUUGGCUGGGAUACACCAAGAAAAGAUCCCCCAUAGGCUUUCACAAAGUGGUGGACGUCCUCCAGAAAAACAAUGCACCUGUACAGGUGCUGCAAGACUAUGUGAACCUCAUCGAUGACCCAGAGCUCAAGCUUAGUAUGGCUCUGAAAUAUAAAUGCCAUGACACUGUCAUCAAUACGUACAGAGACCUGAAGGACCGGCAGCAGCUUACUGAGUACAAAGAAAAGUUGGAACGAGGCUCUGUUGAAUACAGGACGAUUCAGGAACUCCUCAAUAAUGGACAAAUCAGAUGGAAAAACUGACACAUGGACCCUGACACAAGGCAGUGGUUGGCAGGUUGUAGUUAAUCUGUGUUAAACGACUCUCAAAGACAAUAUUGCACAAACAAACCACCAUAAAUCUGCCUAUUAAGGAGCCUUCUCACAGUUAACGCUAGCUGGACAAACAGGACUGAGAGAUCCACAACUUGCUCAAAGUCUCAAGGACAUCGACUGCUUCAAAGAACCAGUGGCCCUUCUGCUUUAUCCAGUGGGAUAAUCCUCUUUCAAAUGUAUCAAGUCUGCUCAUUUUGAUUGUAAACCUGCCAAGUGUCCUUCUGCCAAACAGGUGAACACUGAUGAACAUUUCAACUGAAAUAAGGAAGGCAGCAUCAGCGGUUAAUGACUUGUGCAACAUAUUACUCAUCUCUUAACUCUUCACACACUUUUCCUUUUUCCCAUGUAUAAAUGUAUGAAAAUUCCUCAUCUAUUAUUUUUUAUACAUUAAAGAUAAUAUAUACAGUUGAAGUCAGAAGUUUACAUACACCUUAGCCAAAUAAAUUUAAACUCAUUUUUCACAAUUCCUGACAUUCCCUGUCUUAGGUCAGUUAGGAUCACUACUAUAUUUUAAGAAUGUGAAAUGUCAGAAUAAUAGUAGAGAGAAUGAUUUAUUUCAACUUUUAUUUCUUUCAUCACAUUCCCAGUGGGUCAAAUGUUUACAUACACUGUUAGUAUUCGGUAGCAUUGCCUUUAAAUUGUUUAACAAAAUAUACACAUAAUUUUCCUUCCUUGUGAUGCCAUCUAUUUUGUGAAGUGCACCACUUCCUCCUGCAGCAAGGCACCCCCACAACAUGAUGCUGUCACCCCCAUGCUUCACGGUUGGGAUGGUGUUCUUCGGCUUGCAAGCCUCACCCUUUUUCCUCCAAACAUGCUGAUGAUCAUUAUGGCCAAACAGUUCAAUGUUUGCUUCAUCAGACCAGAGGACAUUUCUCCAAAAAGUAAGGUCUUUGUCCCCAUGUGUGCUUGCCAACUGUAGUGUGUCUUUUUUAUGGCGGUUUUGGAGCAGUGGCAUACUGAGCAGCCUUUCAGGUUAUGUCGAUAUAAGACUCGUUUUACUGUGGAUAUAGAUAUUUGACAACCUGUUUCCUCCAGCAUCUUUACAAGGUUUGCUGUUGUUCUGGGAUUGAUUUGCACUUUUUGCACCAAAUUAUGUUCAUCUCUAGGAGACAGAAUGCAUCUCUUUCCUGAGCGGUAUGAUGGCUGCGUGGUCCCAUGGUCUUUAUACUUGCCUACUAUUUUUGUACAGAUGAUCUUGGUUCCUUCAGGCAUUUAGAAAUAGCUCCCGAGGAUGAACCAGACUUGUGGAGGUCCACAAUUUUUUUUUCUGAGGUCUUAGCUGAUUUCUUUUGAUUUUCCCAUUAUGUCAAGCAAAGAAGCACUGAGUUUGAAGGUAGGCCUUAAAAUACAUCCAAAGGUACACCUCCAGUUCAGUACACCUCCUAUCAGAAGCUAACUGGCUGAUUGCCAAAAGGCUUGACAUCAUUUUCUGGAAUUUUCCAAGCUGCUUAAAGGCACAGUUAACAUUAAAGGUGUAUGUAAACAUCUGACCCACUGGAAUUGUGAUAUCAAUCUGUCUGUAAACAACUGUUGGAAAAAUUACUUGUAUCAUGCACAAAGUAGAUGUCCUAAAUGACUUGCCAAAACUAUUGUUUGCUAAUAUUAAAUCUGUGGAGUGGUUAAAAAAUUUGUUUUAAUGACUUCAACUCUAGUGUAUGUAAACUUUUGACUUCAACUGUAAUGCUGUACAAUAAUUUGAGGACUGUCUGGUACAGGCUGUCUGGUUAUUACGUGACUCCAGUGUUCGAAUAGAGUCAGAGAUCUUGGGGGGGUUCCCUUAUAGAGCAUGUGAAAAAAAAAAUUCUGAAAGGUAAUAGGCUAACCACACAGUUUCUGUAAACUGGUGUUAUUUAUUGUCUGACAUAUAACUACAGAUUGAUAUAAUAUCAGUAUGAGCUGGGGAGUUCCCCUAUGGUGUCCUUUGAGGGAACUUUUGUAUAUCACUUCAGAUAAAAGCAUCUGCUAAGUAACUUAAAGUGAUUGAUUGUAUCACCCUUUUUCUAUUCUUUUCUUCCAUAACAGGCAAACAAAUUGAAAUUAGUCUCAGUUACGUAUGUAACUUCGGUUACCUGUGAUGAAGGGAACGAGACAUUGCAUCAUGCUGAAGCAUAUGAGAAAUCCUUUUCCAGCAACCUAGUUGAAACCCUUCUACAGUAAUCCCAAUUCUAAAAUUGGUUAUGGUCCUGCCCUUUUAGGUUGAAAAUGUCCGUUAUGUAAGCUGGCGCACAAACACCAUUCCUCAGAAUUUUCAGACUGAGGGCCAAAGAGUGCAUCGCUCACACCUCUAAAACUCUGAGUCUGUAGUGUGGACAGCUUAUGACUCGUAAGCCAGGGCGAUCGCAUCAACGGUCCAGUGAGAAAGUCUUUACUUGGAGACGGACAUUCCUUUUGUCCAUCCUCCAUAGCACACAAAGAGCUGGUCAGACAGUCUGAACUGGUGGGUGUGCUCAACGUAUGUGUGCAGCGCACACACAUGGCAUAACAAAUGCAAGGACUGUUCCACAUUCGAAUUAAAUAGCCUUUUCAUACAUAGCCUUUUCUGGGUUUGACGGUGGCUUUUGAAAGACCCGGACCGAACUCCAGACAUCAAUUGUCCACUGACGGUACUUGCAAAUCACCAACCCAUUUUACUGGGCAUGACCUAGCAGUAAUGCAGUCUUAAAGGGGACCUAUUAUGCAAAACUCACUUUUACAUGGUUUUUGUACAUAAAUGUGAGUCAGCAGUGUGUGUACACAACCACCCUACAAUGUUAAAAGUCCACCCACUCCUCUUUCUUCUAUUUAUCAAAAACAGUGUGUCAAAAUGAAUGUCACGUUAGAGCAGGCCUCGCCCACAACUGGUGACAGACUCCACCCUAUUAUCAUAGAUCCUCCACCGAGUGAUCUACACACACACAGUCUGCCAUUUUUUCUACACAGGAGCAGAUACAGUGAGAAGAAUAAUGUAUCAACUUCGUAAGUGUCAUACGUGUUCUGUUGUUGGCUGUAAAAGUGAACAUAAGAGUCUUCAUGUACUCCCGGCAUCAGAGCCACUGAAGACACUCUUGGCCAUGUUUUGUUUUUGAAGGAAAUGUGUUUCCAACCUGUGUUGGAAGCAUCCAUAUUCACCACUUUCCACCUGAAAACCUGCCCCAGUAUGACAACUUGCUAGUAGAAAGCAAGAGCUGCCCAAGGUGCUAUAGCAGCUAGACAGCGGCGAGAUAUAGCAAUGCACAUGCGUCCUUGGUGCCAGGCAUGCUGUGGUACACUGCGCUUGAGCCAGCACUGAAGAGGUCUCAUGUGUAAAAGACCUAAUGGAAUAAUGGUGGAUGCCGACACCAUAAGACCCAAUACUUUUUGAAAUAAAGUGGAAGUGUUCUGCCCAGCUUGAACUGAGACAGACACUGGAGAAUGGCUUGAACAUGCUCGCUGGUUGAGAUCAAUAUACACACCUCAAGUGUGAAUAGGAAUGAUUAAUAUCCCCACCUAGUGAAUUUGUGAGGGAAGAUUCAUUGCAAACUGAGAGCGAGUUGGCUGGUGUACGAACUUAAUCGUGUAGCCAUGUAGACCCGCCAGCUUGGCGCAUCAACUCGCUCGCUAGAUGAGACUGAGCUAGAAGUCUUCAACCCGGGCCCGAUGGGACCUGAGAACCCCAUGGGUUUCUGGCCAGGUUCGAGUCUUUCAAGUAGGACUUUGGGUUCAGGUCGGGUUCGGAUUUGUAAUUAAUGAAAAAAAAAACCACUUCAGCAUCUCGUACAGGACCGGCACUGUUUAAACACCAUGUUUAUUUAAAAAGAACAUGCCUGUUGAGACGCCUGCGCUCUGUUUCAUUAUUUGCACUGCAUCUCUAGAUUGCUUUUUAGCACAGUUGUCACAAAGAUUCAACGUUCUGAACAAUUUAAGUCUGUAAAGGUGGGGCUGUUGAAUUGUUUAAUAAUAUUCCAAUACAGUGUUGGGUGUAAUGCAUUACUAAGUAAUUAAUUACUAUAAUGAAAUUACUUUUUCAUUGAAAAAUUAAAGGGAUUAUGCUUAAUUUUAUUAAAGUUACUUCUGAUGUAAUUGUGUUAAAAACUGUAUAGACUAUAAAAUAAUUUUAUGUAAAACAAUAGUAAAUGUAAAAUCACAAUGUAACAUCUAAUGUUAAAAUGUAUGUUUUCUAAUUUAAUACAGCCUCUUUAAAUUA